AUGGAUUCCGCCCACCUCCAUUCCUUAUGCAACUAUCCAAACCUUGCAAUUUUGCGAGCCGCACUACGAUAUCCUGAACGUAGUUGGGCCAAAUUGCUGAAAUUCGAGCCGACCUACCAAUACAGUGGUCGCCGUAAAGCCAGAGUAACUGACUUUCUUCUCGAAGACGCCCCAGAGCCGGACCCAACCUUGCCACAAAUAAGAUUAAUUCCAUUAACCGCUGAAGAGGAAAUGGCCAAGAAGAACAGACUAAGGGCGCUUCUGACCGAGACAAGCAGGCCCGAAGUACCGUUACCAAGCCAAACGCAGCCUGCCGUUGUGGCCCUCCCCUCACAACAGCCAUCUUCGUCGCGCCGAACCAAACGCGCGCGAACCACCGAGUCUGAACCAAGUUUGGUAGAAGAUGAGACUGCUGUUCCACCGAUUCUGCCAUCGAGCCCCCAACCGCAGCCUGCCGACCGAACUAUCACCAGCUGGGCACCAAAGCUUAGCUUCAACGACCGAGAUAUCCUUGAUGCUGAUUCGGUUGUCGCCGAAAAAGAUCACCAGUUGGCCUUUAGCCUGGCCAAGAGUGUGUGCCUCCCCAAGGAUAUGGAGCACCACCAGAAGCAGUUAAACACCGAACUAAAGUCCAUCCGGUCUGCCACAAAGUCCAUGAUCCUGGCAAUUCAAAAAAACUACAACACUCACAAGAAAGUGCUGGAACUCAGAAAAACUACAAGGCAAGCUGUGGCAGAAGCCGAAGUGAAGUCGGCCGAGGUAGAAGACAUCAAGAAGCAAAUGGCCGAGCUACAAGCUGAGAACAGCAGGCUAACCGGACUGGUUAGUUCGGCCGAAGCAGAAAGGCAGAAGGCUGCCAUAGCUCUGAAGGACAAGUACCUGCGCGAGCUUGUGAAGCUCGAAAGAAAGAAAGAUGUCGAAAUAUCCCAAGUGAAGGAGAACGCAAAAGAGGCCGGCAAACAAGGCUUCAAGAAGGCAGAGGAUGCUUAUGCCAAGCAAUGUAAUGCUGCUAAGGAGCUGUUCUUCAAAUACUCCGGUUGUUAG